UUUUAGACUGUGUUUGGACUGUUUGGUAAGAUAUCUCAUUCAUGAUGGUACACACUGAUACGUCAAACACUUACCAGUCUUGACAGAGAAGAGUAAAAGGCCAUUAGGCACGCCUUUCUUACGUAGAUUCCUCUUUUAUGAAAGGAAGAAAAUCAGAUUUUGACACAUGUUCAGUGUACUUUGACAAUUUCGUAUAAAGUCAAACCUGCAUUGUAGUGAAAGAUCAGAAACUGAGACUUCAGCACUCUGGUACUCUCUCUCCAUCGUUCUUCGGUACUUGAGUGUGUUUUGGGAAGAGAAACUGCGAUUACAAUGGCUAAGAAUGAAGCUAAUGCAUCAGAUUUUUCCAAGGGAUUGCUCCAGAGUGAAGAGCUCUACAAAUAUAUACUGGAGACGAGUGUGUACCCACGCGAACCAGAGGCUCUCAAAGAGCUUAGGAGCGUUACUCAUAACCAUCCUAUGGCUAAUAUGGCUACUGCACCGGACGCUGGCCAGCUAAUGGAGAUGCUGCUGAAUCUAGUAAAUGCAAGGAAGACUAUCGAAGUUGGGGUUUUCACUGGAUACUCUCUUCUCCUCACUGCUCUUACAUUACCAGAAGAUGGCAAGGUUAUAGCCAUUGAUGUGAACAGAAGUUCGUAUGAGAUAGGGUUGCCAGUAAUCAAGAAGGCUGGUGUUGAAGACAAGAUUGAUUUCAGAGAGUCUGAAGCUCUUCCUGUCCUCGACGAGCUUUUAAACCAUGAAGAGAACGAGGGUGGAUUUGAUUUCGCAUUUGUGGAUGCAGACAAGGUGAGUUACUGGAACUACCAUGAGAGGCUUGUGAGACUGAUCAAGGUUGGUGGGAUCAUAGUGUAUGACAACACUCUGUGGGGAGGAUCAGUUGCUGAACCUGACUCGUCCACGCCCGAGGGGAAGAGAGAAGGUAAGAAAGCAAUCCUCGAGCUGAACAAGAAACUCUCGGCUGAUAAGCGUGUGCAGAUCUCGCAAGUUGCUCUUGGUGAUGGGAUCACUAUCUGCAGGAGACUAUGUUAAAUGAUGUUUUAUGCCAAUAAGUGUUUGUUGUUCGUUACUAAUAAAGACUAAUAUAUUCAUGAACAAACACUAAACUAGUUGUAUGUUCCACUCUUAUCGAGUUUGGUUAUUUGUAUUUUUAAAAGUUAUGAAGAAACCGGUCCACUAGA